UUCCUAAUUCUCAUAUUCAUGCAAUUGUUUAAUGAUUGUGGAAUCUACAGAUUAGCAUACUCUCUCGUCACCACUCAUAAGUAGACUGCUCGGUCUUUGAGUAUCGUUAAAUAAAAACAUUUAGCAUAAAAUCAAUUAGCACCAAGUGAACGGACUAGUAACCCCUAAAAUCUAAAUAGAUAUACUUACGACGAAGUUAAUUAAAUCAGUUUAAAAUUUUAUUUCUAUUACGAAAGCAGCCGUGUCGAGCGGCGGCGCUCUUCCAUGGGAGAGAGAGAGAUUGCAACUGGUAUGUAUUUGGAAGUAAAUAUUUUUGUUUUAUUCUUUUUUGAAUUAUAUAUUGAUAUACAUCCACGCAAGUAAAUUGUCACUGUCUCAAGUCAAAGAAAAGAAUAAUAAGAGCAAGUUCACCGGUUCCUCUUUGACCGGGCAAAACAUGGAUUUGGUGAGGUGGCAGUCAUCAAAGUUGAAAUUGUGGCUUCCACCGGUUGAAGCUUGCCCAGCCAAUUGUUGGCUUUUAAUGACUGAGGCCAAAGAAAAAGGCAACAGCAUGACUAAAUUUUUGACUGGGUUUGAGGGGUUGCCAGCUGGGCCCAAGCCAUAACAUGGCUGACAUCAUCACUCCACCCUACAAGCAUGAAAAAGGCAAGAUCAUUGUACCAGAUAGCAACUCAGAAACAUUCUUGUCGUUUAUUGGAAAUUUGGAUAAGCGAGUAAAGCUGGACAGUAGAAUCAAACCUGGAGAUGGAAAAUAUAAUGCAGCACUCAGUGUGAUGGCCUCUAAACUAUCAUAUGAGAACCAUGCCUGCAUCAAAACUACAGUCCAAGAUCACUGGAAGAUGGAGUUCGUGGGCUUUUACGACUUCUGGAAUGAGUAUCAGGGAAAAGCUACAACACAAGCCUUUAUGCUUCGGGACAGAUCACGUGCUGACCAUGAUACCAUUGUUGUUGCCUUUAGAGGAACCGAACCCUUUGAUGCAGAUGCAUGGUGCUCUGACUUUGAUAUUUCGUGGUAUGAGCUUGAAGGUGGAGUAAACGGAAAGAUCCAUGGUGGCUUCAUGAAAGCUCUAGGUUUACAGAAAAAUAUCGGUUGGCCAAAGAAAAUCGAGCAAGAUGACAAGCACCCCUUAGCUUACUAUGCUGUUAGGGACAUGCUGAAAAAGCUACUAAGUGAAAAUGAUAAGGCGAGAUAUAUCAUAACAGGGCACAGUUUAGGCGGAGCGUUAGCAAUUCUCUUCCCUGCAAUUUUGGCAUUGCACGAGGAAAACAAGCUGUUGGAGAAAUUGGAAGGAGUUUAUACAUUUGGGCAGCCAAGGGUUGGAGACAAGGAAUUUGGGCAAUACAUGGAAAAUGAAGUAUUGAAAGAGCACAAUGUUAGGUAUUUUAGGUUUGUUUAUAGUAAUGAUAUGGUGCCCAGGUUACCCUAUGAUGACAAGGCCCUCAUGUUCAAGCACUUUGGGACCUGCCUUUACUAUAACAGAAACUAUGAAGCACAGAUUCUUCCAGAAGAGCCAAACAAGAAUUACUUCUCCCCAUCGGUGCAAAUAACUAUGAUGGUGAAUGCAUUUUAUGAGCUGACGAGAAGCUUCACAAUUCCAAAUAAGUACGGACCUGACUACGCCGAAGGGUACUUCUUCAGAUUGUUUAGGCUAAGUGGUUUGCUAAUGCCAGGGGCAUCAGCACAUUGUCCCCAAGAUUAUGUGAAUUUAACCAGAUUGGGACCCUCAGAUGUGUUCGUCUUACCUAAGCCCAAGCAACUGUGAAACCAUGCAUGGUGAAAUUAUUUGUAUUGCCUACCAUUAUGAGCAGGUUUCAAUUAAUUAAUUAAUUAAUUAAUUGUAA